AUGGAUUAUCGGCAAUAUAUAACUGGGUUAACAAAUCAAUAUAAUACAGCUGUUCGUAUGGAAGUGAAUCGGAAACCCGAGCAAGCUUCCACGCUUUACUACAAUAUCCUAUGCGAUGGGAUAUUGUAUGCUGAGCGAAACAAGAGUAAUUUACCAGAAUCUGUAUACAGUUCGCUCACGACGUUUUUAAGACAAAUUAAUGAACGCUUUGUAGCCCUGAAGAAUCUUGGCUAUGAACCUGUUGUUGAGCCGCCCAAAGCUGAACUUGGAAUAGGAACUUCAGAUCACAGACAUCCUAAAGCAGAUUUCCAAAGUAAAACGAAGUCAAGUUCUCAAUCUACGUCUCCUACUGUUCCUUCUCCUUCCGCACCCGAGAACAGUCACUCACCUGUACCGGAAACGUCAAAAACAAAAAGUAGUCCAUCAAACAAAUCCAGAAGUGCUUUGCGAUUUAAUGCGAAUGAUCCCUACGAGAAAACGGUUGCUGAAACGAUCCUGGACAUAUCCUUUUUCUGA